GUCAUAUCCUGUACAGUGACAAAUGAACUAUAUAUUUUUAUUUAUAUUUCUAUGCUUAGGCUGACGGAAAUAUACGCGUUUGAUUUGAUUUAUACUACAUAGCGGCUGAUUGUCUGACUGACGUGUUCAUCUUGUGUCAGCGCGUGAAGCAUGAACUGUCCAUAAAUGUCUCAGGAUGAGAAAAAGCACAUAAACGUUAUUCGUCGAUAAAAUGGACCGUCUCCCGAUGCUGAGGAUUCCUUUGUGAACAAGACACAGGUCGACGCUGGAUUUGCGGAGAGACUAAAAUAAAAUAAAAACUCCAUCAAUCUUGGAUCUGAUAGGAAUGGCGCAGCAAUCUUAUAUGUAGGAGGGGCCAUACCUUUAACCUUUCCAAAACCGCCACCUGUGGACCAGAAAAAACAAUAACCCAAUAAAAUUGUUCUUUGACUGUCAGGAUGUCUAUCAUGGACCAUAGCCCCACCACUGGGGUUGUGACAAUUAUCGUUAUACUCAUUGCCAUUGCCGCACUAGGGGCGUUAAUUCUUGGUUGUUGGUGCUACUUGCGGCUGCAGCGCAUCAGUCAGUCUGAAGAUGAGGAAAGCAUUGUCGGUGAAGGCGAAACCAAGGAGCCCUUCCUGCUGGUCCAGUAUUCAGCCAAGGGCCCGAAGGUUGAGCACAAGACCAAGCUCACCCCUAAUGGCACCGAGAGCCACACCUAACUUCUCGAAGGCCAACUGUGUACAGACUACCAUGUCUAGAAUCAUUUCAAAACCACUCAACACUGAUGUGAACAUCCCUUUUAAAUGGUGAAAGACAAACCUAUUGCAUGCAGUUUUUUAGUCACUUUGUUGCAUUGAGUAAUGAGUAUUGAUUUCCCUCCCCAUUUUGUGGUGGUCUAAUAGAACCCUAUUAUAAUGUGAAAUUGAUGAUCGGCUGCGUUUGAUAUCACAUGCAAUGCUUAAUAUUUGUAGAGCUUAAGCGGAGAUCUGAAGCUUAACCGGGACAGAUUCUGUUUGUGCUGCUUUUGACCAGAGCUGGCUCUGGGCUUAAGUUGGACUGAUUUUACGGACCAUUUCAAAAAUAUGGUCAGCUUUAGAUGAUUAUGAGGCUUUUAUCCGCAUAAUAUAUUUUGCCUUGUUGUUUAGUGAUUACAACAGAUUUUUUAAAAGAUGCUUUAAGCUUGUUUUUGUCGUCACGUAAUAUGACUUUACACAUAAGUAAUAGGAAUAUAAGCAGUUCACAAUAUGAAAAAUUGUCAAAUGUUGUAAAGUAAAAACUGAAUCAAUGCUCUUACAUGAUCAUGCUUUAAUUAGCAGUUUUUAUUUUUCAUUUGCCAUACAA